AUGGCAUCACACCCCUGCGACCUGGUUACUCUCGAGCCUAAUAGGGUCGUUGAAACCCUCAAGAAUCUCACCACAAAGUUUUGUGACUACAGAGUGCUUGAUGUCGUGAACUUGUUACCCACUGCCAAUGAUGGAACCAUCACGCAUUUAUAUAUGCAGGGGACUGUUUUAGACACAGCCAAGUCGCUUAUAUUUCCUCUUCCACUCGUGGCUGCUACUCAUCAACAAUUCCUAGCAGGCAGUAGACAUCCAGAUGCAAAUGGUCUUGAUGGUUUAAAGGUUCAGAUUAUACUCUGUUUCAACAAGAUGAAACAUAGCUACCUAUCAAGGGCCAUCAUACAUGGGAAUCAUAUGACACGCAAGAGAGUGUUGAUUAAUGCGUUCACUGUGCGUGAUACAUUUCCUCCUGCUAGAUGA